UUGUUUCAUGGUUUUAAGAAAAAACAUGGCUAGAUUUACCAUUCUAGUAUUGCUGUCUUGCUUAAUAUUGAAAGUUCUAGCUCUGUAUGAAGAUCAAGCAGGGAAAUUUGAUUGGCGGCAGCAGAUGGUCGGCCGGCCGGCCCACGUGCUGUUCGACGCGAGCGGCGCUGGUGGCUACAAGCGCCUUGUGAUGGCCACAGAGGACAAUGUACUGGCUGCACUCAACCACAAGUCAGGUCAGCUGAUCUGGCGGCGCGUGCUAGAGCGGGGCGAGAGCGGCCACAUCCACCUGCUGCUGCCAUCUAAUGGCGACCUUGUGACCUACUCGGGCCACAACCUGCUGCGCGUUUGGUGCGCCGCCACCGGCCUACUCAUCUCUGAGGCAGCGCUCGACAUCGCCCCAGCCAGCGGCGCGGCGGGUCUGCACGUGCUGACAUCGGGCCGGGACCAGCUGCUGGCGCUGCAGCUGGGGCCCAGCGCCAACCUGCACCGCAUCGCCCGCGGCUCGGGCCAGGUCACCACGGCUCCGCUCAGCACGCCCUGGGCCGGCGCCGCCAGGUGCGUGUCGGGCGCCGGGGCGCUGCUCUGCUGGGACGCCGCCGCCAGGGCGCUACACGUAUUCACCGCGGCGUCCGGUCGGUUCUCCACGCAGCCCCUCCCGCCGGCGCUCUCCGCUAGCCAGGAGCCGCGUGUGCGACACCUGGGCAACGAUCUGUUCGCCAUCGCCGCCUCCGGUCGCCUGACGGUGGUCCGAGUGACUCCUAGUUUCGAGGUCGUCCAGGAGAUGGCGGGAGAUAUGGCGUGCCUUGCGCAAGCUGGCGGCGAGCAAGUUCUGUAUGUCGGGAAGUACUCGAAGACUGGAAAAGUACCGGCGGUGGAGUUCUCGGUCAGUGCGCCGGGCGGCGGACAGGUGGCAGCACCGGCGGGCGCCGUGUCACUGACUGCGCGCCACGGCACCGUCUCCGCCUGCCACGUGACGGUGGCGCCGCGCCGCGACGGCGGCCAGCUGGCGGCGCGCGCCCUGCUCGUCGGCGACGACGAUGCCGUCACCAUGACAACUGUCGGAGGUGACGUGCUGUGGACGCGGGAGGAAGCGCUGGCCUCGGUCGUGGCCGUAGAGGUGGUGGACCUGCCCAUGUCGGCCGGCGACGUCAGCAUCGAGGAGGAGUUCGGCGACCCUGCCGCCGGUCCCGUGUCGGCGUUCGUGCGCCGUAUGACAUCACAGUGGAGUCAGCUGGCGUCGCUGGCGGCGUCCGUGGUGUCGGGCGAGGUGAUCCAGGGCUCUGACGUCACACAUCUGACGCGCGACAAGUUCAACCUGCACAAGAUGCUGGUGGUCGUCACGGCCUGUGGCAAGGUGAGGACGGAGCGGCGGUCACGUGGUCACGUGAGUGCAGCGGAGCUGGUCACGUGACCUGUCGG